GGCUGUGCGGCUCCCAUCACAGAGACAGGCCGCAGCAGCAGCAGCAGCAAGUGCAAGUGAACCUUUGGUGUCCCACCGUCACCGAUGUGUUGGAACAGCUGCUAUAAAACCACCAUUUGCAGAUCGGCCCGGUUCAUUCGUGUGCUGCAUCGUUCGGACAGUGUGCGUGACCGUGUGUUGGGAGACAAGUACUGACCGGAAGGCUGAAUUCGCAUCAAUAAUGUCGCUAGAAACUGUCAUUGAGAAGGUGAAGGCUCGCGUGGCUGCCGUCGACCCGAACGGACCCCGGAAGGUGCUGGGAGUGUUCCAGUUCAACAUCAAAACCGCAUCCGGUGUCGAGCAAUACGUGAUCGAUCUGAAGCAGCUGAAGGUGGAGAAGGGUACGACUGCCACUCCGGACGUGACCGUCACCCUGACCGUGGAGGACCUGAUCGCGGUCAGUGCCCGCACACUGUCCGUUGGCGAUGCGCUAACGCAGGGCAAGCUGGAGAUCCAGGGCGAUGCCACGCUAGCCGCCAAGCUGGCCGAAGUUAUCUAAACGUCCCCGGGGGUCAUAAUGCACCUCAGCCUUCACGAUGUGAUUGUGAUUAAGUGCCGCCAUCCCCUUCCGUUGUCCGACUGUUUUUUUGCUUUUCGUUCAAUAUGAUACUUUUUUUUAAAUAAACAGAACACACUUUCA